UCAAAAUCUAUCUGUGUUGUCAAAUCUGUCAAUAACAUGUGGCGGGAAGAGAAUGUAAAGUGUUUUUUAACCACAUUAUAAAUAACCAAAGGUUUGUUUUUAUGCCCGAAUUGCAAUUUCCAAAUUUCCAAUGAUCAACUAAUUCACUUCACUAAACAUUGUUGAUGUGAACAGUAAAUCGAAUGUUAUUGAACCUAACCUCAAAAUGAUUCGAAGCAUGGCAAAUAAGAUGAAAUUUUUAGUUAAAAACAACCCAACUCCUACUGUAAAUGGAUAUUCUUCUGUUAAAAAUGCUCCUCAUUUUGAUUUGGGAGUGAAUCGUGUGGUCUGGGUUGACAUGGAGAUGACUGGCUUGGAUGUCGCAACUGACAAAAUAAUGGAAGUUGCAUGUAUUAUAACAGAUGGCGAUUUAAAUAUUAUUGCAGAAGGACCUGACCUCAUUAUUCAUCAUCCGCAAAAUAUUUUGGACAAAAUGAACGAAUGGUGCAAAACACAUCAUUCAAAAAGUGGCUUAUCAGAGGCUUGUUUAAAAUCGAAGAUAAGUGUUGAAGAAGCACAAGAUAAGUUAAUGGAUUUUGUGGCUGAAUAUGUGACUGAAAAAGUCAGUCCUUUGGCGGGAAAUAGUGUAUACAUGGAUCGUUUAUUUUUAAGAAAAUAUAUGCCUAGGCUGCAUGAAUAUUUACAUUAUAGAAUAAUUGAUGUUUCCACAGUUAAAGAAUUGUGCAGAAGGUGGAAUCCAGAUGUGUACAAGGAAGCCCCUAAAAAGGCUUUCUCACAUAGAGCGCUGUCAGAUAUUAAAGAAAGCAUUGAAGAAUUGAAGUAUUAUAAGAGUAGAUUUUUCAAAAUUGGGUGAACUCAUGCAACCACAGUUUUCUUAGUUGAUAAACAUUAGUUCCGUUAGUGGAAACGUAGAUGGCGCCAGAGAUAUCGACUUUCUUAAUCAGGAAAGCUGUGGUUAAAAAUUGAUCUGACUUCUGACUGUAAAGAUUAUUUUUUUAAACAAUUGUCAAUCCACUAGUUUUUUUAUUGUUUUUAGGUUGACAAUGUAAGACAAGUUAUCGUCUUUAUAAAAUUUGCUGACAUUAAAAAAUACUGAUAUAAUCUCAUGUAAUAAAGAUUUUUAGGGAAUUUUAGCAUUGACAAUUGUUUAAAAGAAAGAAACAGACUUUAUAAUCACUUAUUUCAACUGCCACUAGAUAACACUCUUUUGGGAAUACCUGGAAGAAAUAAAAAGCAUCACAUUUACAUAAAUUCUUUUAUUUAAUAACAAAAUAAAUAUAAAAUAAGUUCUUUAAUAAAUUCUGAGUAUAA